AUGGUGAAUAACAAAGAAGCAAAAUUGAAGGAGACAGUGGCAACGGCGACGGCGGCGCAGCAGUGCGACAGCCAGCGCGGCGUCCUUGCCACGGUAAUACGCGCGAGUCACGCGAGCAGGGUCGAUAGCGGCCACCGGCCAGCCUCCGCGUCAAUUAUUCAGCACGCGACGCCACCACCGCCACCGUCACCACCGCCCGGACAAAGGACGCGCACUGCGACACCUACCGGCCCACCGCUGGCCCGCCGCUCCGUCUCAGAAAAGCCAGAAGCGAGGAAAGCCAAAACGAAGCACACUUAUCUAUCACUCCAAACCUUAUCCUUUCGGGCGGUGAAGACUCGCGAGAGCGCGCGAUGGUCGCGCGUUACG